AGAAGUGAUAGGCAGUAACGUAGUGAACUCUCUAUAUAUAAGUGAAGUAGUCUUGAACGAAUUAAUUAAAAACUUCACUCAGCUUCUUUUCAAACAUAUUCCCUCCUUAUUCUUUCACUCCAGUACAAUCAUGAAUCUUAAAGAAUGUUCCAAAUUUUUAUUUCUUUCACUAUGCACCCUCAACUUCUGCUUCUUUGUUGUAAACUGCGGCGGCUGGGAGAGAGGCCACGCCACUUUCUACGGCGGAGCUGAUGCAUCCGGCACAAUGGGAGGUGCGUGUGGGUACGGUAACUUGCACAGCCAAGGCUACGGACUACAAACGGCGGCGCUGAGCACGGCUUUGUUCAGAAGCGGUCAGAGUUGUGGGGCCUGUUUUGAGCUACGGUGUGAAGACGAUCCUCAGUGGUGCCUCCCUGGUUCCAUCAUCGUCUCGGCUACAAACUUUUGUCCACCAAACUUUGCCUUAGCCAAUGAUAAUGGUGGUUGGUGCAAUCCUCCCCUCCAGCAUUUUGACUUGGCCGAGCCUGCCUUCCUUCAGAUCGCUCAGUACCGAGCUGGUAUCGUUCCUGUCGCAUUCAGAAGGGUUCCAUGUGAGAAACCUGGCGGGAUAAGGUUUACGAUAAACGGGAAUUCGUACUUCGACCUCGUGCUGAUCACAAACGUGGGUGGUGCUGGAGAUGUUAGGGCAGUCGCUUUGAAAGGCUCAAAGACUGGUCAGUGGCAAUCCAUGUCCCGAAACUGGGGACAAAAUUGGCAAAGCAACACUUACCUCAGAGGCCAAAGUCUCUCUUUUCAAGUCACUGCUAGUGAUGGUCGGAGUGUUGUGAGCUACGAUGUUGUCCCUGCGAAUUGGCAGUUCGGUCAAACUUUCGAAGGAGGACAGUUCUAGAUUCUGUAUUAAAAUAAAUUACACAAGAAGAGUCAGUGAUUGUGUUUGAGUCAAAGACUCUGCUUCUCAGGAGCCUUAUGGAUCAUACUCUUCUCUAGAGUCACAAUUAAGAAAGAGACUGAGGCUAUUAAUUUAGUUGGAUUAAUGGCAUUUCUUUUUAUCUUAUACUGUAAUAUAAAAAGACGCAUCUCAUAAUAAUAUAGCACCCGAUAUUUCAUAUAAUUCUUCAGAAUUUGAUAUUGUUUAAAAGCAUUGAUGUG